UUGUUGCAUUUCUACAAUGAUCAAGGCACUUUUUAGAUCUUGCAGUUCUGAAGGCACUUUUUGGACUGAUCCAUCCCUGGAAGUGUUUCUCUUUCGAUUUCCUCCCCCUUUGAAUGUUUUUCUUCAAUUGUCGAUGCAUGGUCCUUACAAUAUUCAACUAUAAUGCCUAAUACCCCCAAUAAAAUAUGCAUAAUACAAUAAAAACCCUCCCAAACGCAUAUUCCGGAAACUGCAAGUGAAAUUCCUCCUGGGCGCGAAUUUCCAGUUACAGCACCCUAACCCACCCCCGCGACCAUAAACACAACGACCGUGGCGCUAGCACAAGGGGGUGGUUUUCCGACAUCGGAAACGGCUGAAUAUUCAAAUAUGGAGUCCGGUGGUGCGUACGGUGGCGGUAAAGCUGGCGGCGCUUUUGAUCCCGUUUCUUUCGUGCAAAGACCUCAAGUUAUACUAAGGGCCGUAUGUUGGCUAUUCGCCAUCAUAGUGUUUGGAUGCAUAUCCUCCAAAGGAUGGUACACAAGGGGUACUCAAGAAGAGUGUCUCUUCAACAAGGACGCCAGUGCUUGUAACUACGGAGUGGGUAUCAGCGUAAUAGCCUUCUUAGCCAGCAUGGGCUUCUUGGCAGGGGAAUACUUCUUCGAACAGAUGUCCUCGGUGAAAACGAGGAAGCAUUACGUGCUUGCGGAUUUAGGUUUUUCGGGAUUUUGGUCGUUUUUAUACUUCGUUGGUUUUUGUUAUCUUGCCAACCAAUGGAGUAAUACAGUCACGGAAUAUCCAACUGGUGCGAGCAACGUCAAAGCUGCCAUUGCUUUCUCUUUCUUCUCCAUCUUUUCUUGGGCCGGAUGUGCCUUUUUUGCAUUCCAACGUUUCCGGCAAGGAGCUGGAGCAGCAUUCGCCACCAAUUAUGAAGCGGAAGUCACAAUGCCUUCUACAUACACCUCUUAUCCUGGAGGGCCAGAUUCCGAUCAGAACUAUCAAGAUCCGCCAUUUUCUGGGAUGAAUCAGCGAGGGCCGACGGAUUUUCAAGCUCCUGCAUAUUAAUCGGUCAUAAAGACGCCCCAUGGUAAAGUAUUUCAGGGAAUGGAAUUCGAUCCCCCACAGUGAAUGAAAAAGUGGCGGUUUCUGCCGUUUCUUCAUUUCAUCCGCAAUAAUAGAAAAUUUCACAGAGCAACAUGUAAUCCUGAACUUAGUACCUCAUAUCAAUAUAUUCUUACUCGAAAGAAUUUACCGCUACAAUAAUAUUAUAACUUAGGUAAACUAUAAGAUAUUGAAACAAAAUUUACUGUUAUAUUAUUGAAUAAUAUAGAAAUCUCGAUGUACAAAUGUGUUGAUGACCUGCUUUUUAGAAGUUCUAAAAGAUAUAGACUUGAUAUAGGAAAUUUUAACGUGGACUAGACCUAUUGAUUUGCCACUAAAUGUUAAAACCCAAAUCAGUUAUGUGUGUUAUAGAUUGCGCUGAUGUAUUUGUUAUAAAAAUAUUUACUUUUAGUUUCUGUUCUUUGUACAUAAAUGUCUCUAUAAAAUAUAUAAUGUUAUAUUAUGUAAUGACGCAAAAACAAGAGGGUUAUGAAUGCUGACCUAAAAAUUUAUUUCACAUUAACUGCUUGUGAUUGUGAAGCAUGAAACUUUUUCCUAUGUGAUGGAUGGAAAAAAAGUAGAGAUUAUCAAGCUAGUCGGAACAUAACCUGAAAAUUUGGUGGACAUUUGUAGAUACUUGAUGUGCGGAUAUUUACUAAAUAGAUUAGCAAUAAACUCAUCUUGCAGUUUUUCAAAUAAUGCAAAACUUAUAUUUAUAUGGGUUAUUUUUAUAAUGAACUAUGAUGUUUCAAUGUAUUGAAUAAUUGUUUUGGGUUGAUGGGUUAAAAAUAAAUGUUUAUUCUUUGACA